GGAAAUUCAGCUCCUGCGGCGAUUACGGCACAAAAAUGUUAUCCAGUUGGUAGAUGUAUUAUAUAAUGAAGAGAAGCAGAAAAUGUAUAUGGUGAUGGAGUACUGUGUGUGUGGGAUGCAGGAGAUGCUGGACAGUGUCCCAGAGAAGAGGUUUCCAGUUUUUCAGGCUCACGGGUACUUUUGUCAGCUUAUAGACGGCUUGGAAUACUUGCACAGCCAAGGGAUUGUCCACAAGGAUAUCAAACCGGGGAACCUCCUGCUAACAACCAACGGGACGCUAAAAAUAUCCGAUUUAGGCGUAGCAGAGGCGUUGCAUCCGUUCGCAGAGGACGACACGUGCAGAACGAGCCAAGGGUCGCCAGCAUUCCAGCCGCCAGAAAUUGCCAAUGGCCUUGACACCUUUUCAGGCUUUAAAGUAGACAUCUGGUCCGCGGGGGUCACGCUAUACAACAUUACAACGGGUCUGUACCCCUUUGAAGGGGAUAAUAUCUAUAAAUUAUUUGAAAACAUCGGGAAAGGUGACUACACAAUUCCAGAGGAUUGCGGUCCUCCACUCUCAGACUUAUUGAGAG